AUGUCCAGUCCGACGUGUUGGACAAUACAAGUGGCAUGUGCCUUGGCCUUUGAUGUGGAAUAUGCUCGGUGGUUGGAGGAGCACAACCGACGGAUUAAUGAGCUAAGAGGUGCUGUCAAUUCUCACGCGGGUGAUGGUGAACUUCGCAUAAUUUUGGAUGGCGCCUUGGCACAUUAUGAUAGCAUUUUCAUGAUAAAAGGGGAUGCUGCAAAGGCUGACGUCUUUCAUAUAUUAUCGGGCAUGUGGAAAACUCCGGCAGAAAGGUGCUUCCUUUGGCUUGGUGGAUUUCGUUCAUCCGAACUUCUUAAGCUUCUUAUAAAUCAUUUGGAGCUGCUGACUGAUCAGCAGUUGUCAUCUAUCGAUAACUUGCAACAAUCAUCUCAGCAGGCUGAAGACGCCUUGUCACAAGGAAUGGAGGCGUUGCAGCAGUCCUUGGCUGAAACUUUGGCUGGAUCUCUUGGCCCAUCAGCUUCGUCAGGAAACGUUGCCAACUACAUGGGUCAAAUGGCAAUGGCUAUGGGAAAGUUAGGAACUCUUGAGGGCUUCAUUCGUCAGCUUCUUAUAAAUCAUUUGGAGCUGCUGACUGAUCAGCAGUUGUCAUCUAUCGAUAACUUGCAACAAUCAUCUCAGCAGGCUGAAGACGCCUUGUCACAAGGAAUGGAGGCGUUGCAGCAGUCCUUGGCUGAAACUUUGGCUGGAUCUCUUGGCCCAUCAGCUUCGUCAGGAAACGUUGCCAACUACAUGGGUCAAAUGGCAAUGGCUAUGGGAAAGUUAGGAACUCUUGAGGGCUUCAUUCGUCAGGCUGAUAAUUUGCGGCAACAUACUUUGCAACAUAUGCACCGUAUACUGACAACUCGCCAGUCAGCUCGUGAUCUUCUUGCAAUCAAUGACUAUUUCUCUCGGCUUCGAGCACUUAGCAGUCUUUGGCUCGCCCGUCCAAGGGAAUGA